GUGUGUGUAUAUAUAUUCCGGUUCUAUCUAUUUACCGAACACAAGUGUAAGCCAUGGCUUCUUCUUCCUUCACCUUCUCCUGCUCGUCGAUUUUGAGUGUAAAUCAAAAUCUCUCUACUUUUUUCCUAUCACAUAUUCAUGUUAUUGGGAGUUAUCUGGGGAUCUACCAUCGUUCGGUUCUGUCUAUAAGGUUUUUUUUUAAAACGCUUCUUUUGGUUAAAUUUCAGAUUGGUGAUGUGAGAAGCGGGAAAUCACGAGCUUCCACACUCCAACCUCAGAUUUCUUGCGGGAUUCAAAGGGAUGAUAAUGGACGCCGUAUCUGGCGGAGGAGAACACUUACAAAGAAGGACGAUAUGCUGCGUUACAAACUACAAAGAGUUCCGUUCGUGGAAGAACAAGUGAGGAAGAUACAGGAAGUUGGGAAGGUUAUGACAAUGGACAUCGAGCGUUUGCUUUUAAGCGAAGACAAUCGCUUUGAGUUCGUCAACAGUGUAGCAGCUGAGGCAACAGAGUACGUUGAGAAAAACAGAGACGAAUACGGAGGUACAAAGAAAGCCAUCUUUCAUGUUCUGAGCAACCGUGUCAACGAUCUCGGGUUUGAUCGACCAGAAGCUUAUGCAGAGUCAGAUCCUUACAAACCUGGCCCUGGCUACUUGAAGGAGUAUUACACAUAGAAGAGAUACUACUACUGUUAGCAAGAGUUUUAAAAAUGUAAUUCAACAGCCUUUUCUUGUUCUUGUAUUAGUACCAAAUCAAGUCAAUGCAUUCACUACUUUGUUCUUGUAGUUUUGGCUGAACAAUAUUAUAAAGCUAAUAUGAUAAAAUUUAUUAAUUUACCUUACCGUAUUAAUUUAUAUAGUUUAUAGUGGACAACCAAACUGAUGGUUAUAGUGCUCAGCAAAUUUAAAUGUAUGGUUACACAUUUUGGAAAAUGGAAUUCAAGAUUUUCUAUCACAACUCUUUUCUGUACCAAAAAAAAGUAUCUACCUCCACCAAUUCACAAUGUAAGUAGUUUAGGCUAAAAACACUAAUAUUAAGAAAGGUGGUACUUUUAAAAAGUAGCAUUUCUCUAUAAUAUUAUUUGAGAAGUCAGUUUCCUACGUGUCGCGCUCACGUUAACUCUCGCGAUGGUUGAUUACAUAGAUAACUUUAAUGAAUUGUUAUAUUUUAAGAUUAUUAUUAUUUUUUAUUUAGUUUCCUUUUUACCUUUUUCCAAAUAACAUAUAUAAUAAAAAAUAAAUAUUUCUAAAAUUUAAAAACAAAUUUAAAAACAAAAAUAUAUGUAUAUAAUAUGAGUUUAUUAAAAAGGAAAGUUCACAAAAUAGUAAUACCCCCAUUAAUAUAUAUUUUUAAAUAACAUAAAAUAUAUUUUCAAAAUAAUGAAAAUAUAUAUGUUCAUGAACAUUCAAAAAUUUAUCAGUUACAUUUUAUUUUCUACUAUUUUUUUAGAAAUCAACAUAUAAUUUGAUAAAUAUUAUGAAAAUACAUGUAUAUUUAAGCGAUAAAUUUUUAUAAUAUUAUUUGAGAAAUCACUUUUUUAUGUGUCGCGCUCACGUUAACCUUUACGCUGGUUGAUUACUAUGAUACAUCUAAUGAAUUAAAAAAUACAUUUAAAAAUUAUUUUUUUUAAACAAAUUCCAAAAAACAGUAUAAAAUAAAAAGGAAACAUUUAUAAAGUUUACAAAACUAUUUAAAAACGAAAAUAUAAGUAUAUAUAAAUAUGGUUUCAUAAAAAAGGAAAGUUCACAAAAUAGUAAUAUUUAAUUUAAAUAUAUUUUAAAUAACAUAAAAUAUACUUUU